AUGGCGGUUGCCGGCACCGCAGCGAUAGAACACCGCCUACGGUUGUUGAAAGGCCGUGUGGCGAUCGUGACAGGCGGCGCAGGUGGCAUCGGCUCGGCGGUCUUGGCCCACCUCGCCUCCCUUGGCGCAAGCGUCGUCAUCGGCUACGUCAGUGACCCGAGCCUAGCGGAGAAGUUGGCGGAGACGAUCAACACGACCUACGGGGUGCCGCGGGCCAUCGCGGUCUCCGCCAACGUGUCCAGCUCUGCCCAAGUCAAGUCCCCGUUCGACACAGCUGAAGCUACCUUCGGCGCCGACUUGCACAUACUCAUAACCGCUGCCGCCGUCAACGACGCCCGAUACCGUGUGAGCCCGAACGGGCGGCUCUUGUUGCCACAGUGGUUGGAUCGUAGGUGGGUGCGCCGGAUGAGAAAUGAGCGGGAUAAUGGUCUGCACCAUCCCAGUCAGAGCUCGGACUUUAUAAGCGAGGUCCUGAAAGGCCUCGGGCGAUACGGGCGACGGGUCGGUUGGGGCGCCUUCGGGUGA